GUGAGUUCCUCUGGGCUAGGGCGGUUGAUUCUGACGUGCCGGCUGAGGAUGUGAAUCUGUUUUACGGGUCGUUGAGUACCGCGUUGUAAGUCCCCCUUUAUUUCGUUCUGAGCUGUUUGGAUGUGAGGAGUGGAUAUGGACCUUUCAACCCCCUAUUCCUUGAUGGAGAAGACACGAGUAGCAGUGUGUGAUAUCAUUCCAUCAUACCGUUGGCAUCUUCUUCAUUCAACCUGCUCGCAUGCUCACGAUCCUUUCUCGCCUAUCCACCCCUGUCGUCAGAUUUCUCCUAUACCUCACAACACUGGCCCUCUCAUACACGUAUCCAAGCCUCACAACCAGCCCUAACCUCCCAUCUCACUCUCAACACACCCAUUUCAAACAUGAUCCUACUCUCAUAACUAACAAGCCUCCAGAACCUUCCCAAAAGGUCCCAAAAGAACCCACCUCCUAGCCCAACAACCCCCCUCGCCAAACCAACCCC